UCUUAUGAUUCAGGCGUACGAAGACAAUGGGCUCCUAGAUGUAGGUGAUGUUCAACAUGACAUGGAGUACACUACUCCCGAGACGGGUUCCCGUACUAGUAUAGUCAUCACGCCCGUUCUUCCCGAGUAUGUGACGCCCGCGGGGUCCAGGGCAAGUCUUGUCGCGACGCCCGGACUUAUGUUGCCAAGCCCGGGCGAUGAGAAAUUCGUAUCUGCAACAAGUCUCAUCAUAGGUCCUGAUUUUAUAACUAUUCCAGUAGAGAGCCAAAUUUCAAGAGAAUCUUCACGAGUUUCCGCAGAUCAGGACCCGAUUGCUAUACUUGCAUCGACAUCUAGUUUAACGUCCUCUGAAUCAGGAGAAAGGGUCUCUGGGAUAACAUUAGUGACCGUGACCCCGAGAAGUUCAAGGUCAGGUUCGAGGUCGAGUUCAAGAUCAAGGUCAAAACCGAUCCCGAGUUCCAGUUCAGAAUCCGAGGACUAUCGAACCCCUCCUAUGUCUGGUUCGGUUGUUUUUCAUGCACCUUUGCAGGUGGCGGAUACUGAUGGUAAAGAAGAGAGUGAGACGGAUGUUUCGCCGCGGUCAACGACUGAGGGCGCUGCAUCUGGUGCUUCCUCACCGUCGCCGCCGCAGGACUACGAUUAUGCGCAAAAGGGGAAGGAGAAGGGUGCUUUUUCUUUCAAUAUAUGUGAUGCAAGUCAUAGAGACAGUCCAGAGACGUACGGGUUCAGGAGCAGUGCGCCGGAAUCACUGGUCAGGGACAACACCGCAGAAAUAGACUGGUACGCGGGAGAGACAACCCCCGUCAGCGACCUGGAAGGCUGGUACGUGGAUAACGACGGACGAUUAGGCGAACAAUCUGGUGUAACAGUUAACUUUCCUUCAUUUUAUGAACACCCUGAACGAGACAUACGACAUUCCCGAUCAAUUCAAGAAAUAGCGCGCCGCCUAACGCACUUAGAAAGCAUUAUUAGCGGACUACGGACUUUACAAACUCCACCGGAGAGAGACUGCUACUUCUCCGAGCGAGAAGAACUGCUAGCGCGUAUCGAACGCCUUGAGGGGGUCCUCGCAACCCUCCCCGUCCACGUGGACACCCCAGAACGAGACUGGUACACCUCGGUCGAUGAAGAAAUCUUAACCCGCCUUUCUAGGCUCGAGGAUGUGAUAUCAGUGCUGCCAUCACACGUUCUUGUUGAGCCUCAGUGGUAUCCGAGGUCCGAUUUUGAUGACUUUAUGGCGGGAAGACUAGAAGAGCCGAACCACUUCUACCUCGGCGACUUCAGCGGACAUCGACAGAUAGACGAUGGUGACGAACCGGAACGCCAGACUCCAGAGUAUGAUAGUUACCCCUUGGAUGAUGAGACCCCGGAAAGAGACUGGGAGGAGGAGGGUGGUAGGUUUGUUAGACUGCCUACGGACGACGAUGUCGGGUACGAGAACGCGGCCUGUUCGAUAACGAUAAAGCAUCUUUAAGCCGAUUCUAUAAACAGACCGAGCCUUCCUAAGAUGACACACGAGAGGAUACUCGAACAAUCGGAACAGCAUGUAAAUCUGUGGAUGCCCACUUUGAAGAUUCCGUGAUUUGGUCUUCCUAGAAUUUUCUUCGUAUUAAAUGUUCGGUACAAGUUCAUAAUUCAAUCAUAAACCAAAUGCAUUUACAACAAAUCUUGUUUCAUAUCUAAGAAACAUCGUGCAAUAUCUUCAUAUAAUAGUUGCUUGGCUUACCACAGCGAAAACAUGGGUUUCCUUUUAUUCAAAAAAAACAACGGCAAGAAAUUGCUCAAGAAUAACCUCAGCCCUCACUGCCCCAACCCGACAACUCCAUCCUAAUGAAAUCGGUUGUUCAGCACACUGAUCUCCGCAGGAUGGAUGACUCGGGUUGUUGUUGUUGUUUUUGUUGUUGCAAGAUUUCCCGAGGCAAAUAAGCUUAGACGGUGAUGGCCCAACAACCCCUAUCGUAGGAAAAUCAGGAGGUACGGGUUCCACGACGCACCGAUGCUCAGUGCGAAAGUUGUAAUUGCCGACACCCUCAGCCGAUGCAAUCCUGAUACUUAGUCCUCGUACUGGAAUUAUAUAUAUCUAUAUUUUUCAUUCGUAUCUGAUUUAUGGACAUACUGGUCGAUUUGUGCACUUGUGAAGGUCAGAUUUAAUUGCCUGGGGUCCAUAGCCCUUAUAUCGUAGAUAACACAGCACGGCCUACUCUGUCCGCUAUGGAAUAUACAUUGUACGUAUAAUCGAGAAUUGAAUGUACAAAUGUAAACUAAGCGUGUGAUCAAAAUAUAUGAUAGACUGGGUUUCCACUGAACGCGAUUUUACCUGACCUGCACUAACAUGCAACCCCACAAAAACCUACUCGAAACAAAUCGUUGUACGCGCUGCUUGGUUCAUGGAGAAACAAACCAUGUUUAAAAAAGAAGAUGUCUUGUG